AUGUGCAUUAAUAAUAAUGUUAAUUCGAGUGCAUUGAAGCAUAAUUCUGAAUCCAUUAGAGGAGUAAGUUUAGGAGGAUGGUUAGUUUUAGAGCCUUGGAUCACACCUUCCUUGUUUGAAUUAGCGCUGAAUAUCACCAAAAGUGUUCUAGUCGAUGAAUAUACUCUUUGUCUACAAUUAGGUCCCGAGGCUCAACCAUUGCUCAGUAGCCACUGGGCGUCUUUCAUUACCAAAUCAGAUAUUGCUUCAAUCAGUUCUAUGGGGUUCAAUAUGAUUCGUGUUCCUAUUGGCUAUUGGGCAAUACAGAAACAAGCAGGCGAUCCAUAUGUUGCUGGUCAGUUGAAGUAUUUGGAUAAAGCUAUCGAAUGGUGUAAAGAAUAUGGUUUGAAGGUUCAAAUAGAUUUACAUGGAAUGCCAGGAUCUCAAAAUGGUUUUGAUAAUAGUGGCCAAAGAACUUCACCCCCAUUAUGGUUACAGAAUGACGAUUCAUUUCAAAUAUCUGUUAAUGUCUUAAGGUUCGUAUUUGCAAAGUAUUCUCUGCAGCCUUUUCGGGAAACAAUUCAUAGCAUUGAGGUGGUUAACGAACCGUUUGGUCCUAUCCUUGGACGGUCUAAGAUCGAAGAAUUCUAUCAAUUAGCAUCAGAAAUGUCCCAAACUUAUGAUAUUCCUAUUUUCGUUCAUGACGCAUUCUUAGGCAUCGAUGCAUGGGCUGGGUUCCAAGAUACUACCCCUACUCAAGUCACUGUUGAUCACCACUUCUAUAGCAUCUUUUCGCAGGCACAAAUUGAAUGGGAUAGGGAGCUACACUUUCAAAAUGUCAUUAAAUUAGGUAAUAUGCUUGCUCAGUCAGAAAACUCCAAAGUGGUGGGGGAGUUCAGUGGAGCUCUAACUGAUUGUGCACCUUACUUAAACGGUGUAGGAUUGGGACAUCGAUUUGAUGGUACUUUACAACAAACCAUUCCAAUCGGAACUUGUUCAAACUAUAAAGAUAUAGCCAAAUGGGCCUCCGAAGAUAUAGUUAAUACUCUAAAGUUCAUUUAUUUGCAGAUCCAAGUAUAUGAAAGGUCUUGUGGAGGGUGGAUAUUCUGGACAUACAAGACAGAAGGUGCAUGGGAAUGGGAUUAUACAAAGUUGGUAGCCAUAGGAUUACUUCCUUCUACUAUAAAUCAAAUUAUAAACGACAACCAAGUGCUCAAGGACCUCUACCACCCUUAA